AUGCAGUACCUCAUUGCAGUCAUCGUCGGAGCUGGCGCCGCGCUCGCUGGUGUUGUCCCUCGCGCCGAGGCCUCGCCGGCCGCCGUCGCCGUCGGCGGUCCCCUCGAAGGCUCGCUCCAGGCCAUCACGCACUUGUACAUCUGUCAAAACAUCAACUUUGGCGGUAGCUGCCAGAACGUGGAGGUUAGCACCGGUGUUUGCUACAACCUCAUCAAUGGCUGGAACGACGUUGUCAGCUCGCUCGGCCCGGACGCCGGGACUUCGUGCACCCUCUAUGAGAACAAUGGCUGCUCCGGUGCCUCUCUCCCCAACAUCGUCAACCCCGGCAUCUCCAACUUGGGCGAGCGCGGCUUCAACGACCGCGCGAGCUCGUUCCGAUGCUUCUAGAUCGUCUCCAAUACGGCCUCGUGGCGUUCUAUCCCUAGUACACUGUCACCUCAAUGACAACAACCACUCAGAAGGUGCUGCUGUCUGGAUCCUGAUAGCACGCUCCUGAACGAAGGAUAAGCGCGGAGACGGCGACAUUCUUGUGUGAUUGGAAGGACAAGAGGGGGGAAAGUGGUGACGGAGAGUUGAUGGUGUCUCUUGGUCCUUGAGAAUGGUUCUCUUCUAAAUAUACAGUCAUCCAGCUGUCAGAUACACUAUAUAUA